CCCCCCCCCCAAUAUUCAGAGAGCUGAGCCACUAGGACUAGGACAGCCUUGCAGGCUUGCAGCGUGCGACCUGCUGCAUAGGUGUAUAGAGGUGUAUGAUGAUGACCUGCUGCAGGCCGUGCGGGUUGCAGAUAUGACGGCACGGAAGCCAUAUGCUGCAUCUUUGGCAACAGCGGUAGAAUGGUAGUAGUGGUAGUAGUUGUCGUCGGAACCCAAUCACUCUCACUUCAUCGCAUUUCCAUGUCUCGCGCAAGUCUCGCCAAUUCCAUCAAAAAAAGGUCGUCCGCUUGCUCGGAACGUUGGACCGGAAUCAAGUUGCAUCAUGAUCAAGACCGUUUCGACAUUGGGCCUCAGAGCAACCGAGCAGAACCCAAAGAAGAACAGACUCGGCGGACAUUAUUAUCUCGUGUCGGCCAUGAUGGUCUGAUCCCAUCGCACGGUUUUGGUGAUUCGUUGACAUUGCGACGGCGCAGCUGCCAGUCUGCCACCGCCUUAAGUCGUAAAGCUUGAGGGACCUGGGAUCAGGGGAGGACGAGGUGUGGAUCACCAGAGAUUGGGGGAUUUGGCCUCGCGGUCUGAAGCUUGGGACGCUGACUGCCUGAGGCGAAUGGGGCCGCAGCGCGAACCUCAAGACCUGAAG